CGGACCCCGGCCACUUCUGCAUUUCCAGUGGCUGCUUUGCACUCAGCUCCUAAGCUAGGAGAGCCCUGGGGACAGCAGAGAGGCACGAUGGCCUGACAGGGAGAGGAGGGUUCCAUGUUACCCUGGGGCGCUCUGUGGGUCUGGUGUCACAGCACCUCGGUGCCUCAGUGACAGGAGCCGAGUGUGAGGCUUCUCAACGCUGCGAUGCGCUUUAUUCCCAGGUGUCGGGAAUCCAGGUCCCUAAAUCAUGUUCUUCCAGAGGACAGAGGCCGUGUCUAGAGCUGGCGAGGUUUAUAGCCUCUCCUUCUGAUGAAAAGAGAAAGCAAGAAUGGACUACAGUCACCAAACUUCCCUAGUCCCAUGUGGACAAGAUAAAUACAUUUCCAAGAAGGAACUUCUCCUGCAUCUGAAGACCUACAACUUGUACUAUGAAGGCCAGAAUUUGCAGCUCCGACACCGUGAGGAAGAAGACGAAUUCAUUGUGGAGGGACUGCUGAACAUCUCCUGGGGGCUGCGCCGGCCCAUUCGUCUGCAGAUGCAGGAUGACAAUGAGCGCAUUCGCCCUCCUCCGUCCUCUUCCUCCUGGCACUCUGGCUGUAACUUGGGGGCUCAGGGCACCAUCCUGAAGCCCCUCACCAUGUCCAACAUUCAGAUCUCAGAGGUGGACGCCCCGCCCGAGAGGGACCAGGCCACGAGCCCCACAGACUCCAGGGGCCUGAAGCCUGUGCAGGAAGACACCCCACAGCUGAUGCGCACCCGCAGUGAUGUUGGGGUGCGUCGCCGCGGCAAUGUGAGGACACCUAGUGAUCAGCGGCGAAUCAGACGCCACCGCUUCUCCAUCAAUGGCCAUUUCUACAACCACAAGACGUCGGUGUUCACGCCGGCCUAUGGCUCCGUCACCAACGUCCGCAUCAACAGCACCAUGACCACUCCGCAGGUCCUGAAGCUGCUGCUCAACAAAUUUAAGAUCGAGAAUUCGGCGGAGGAGUUUGCUUUGUACGUGGUCCACACCAGUGGUGAGAAACAGAAGCUGAAGAACACCGAUUACCCGCUGAUUGCCCGAAUCCUCCAGGGCCCAUGUGAGCAGGUCUCCAAAGUGUUCCUUAUGGAGAAGGACCAGGUGGAGGAAGUCACCUAUGACAGACCCAGUCUCAAGGGACAGUGGCUACCCAGGAUAUGCUUCUCAUGGCGGAUGGAUGGAGUGCAAGAAACCAGUCCAAACCAUGUGGCCCAGUAUAUAAAGUUCGAGAUGCCUGUCCUUAAAAGCUUCAUUCAGAAGCUCCAAGAGGAAGAAGAUCGGGAAGUAAAGAAGCUGAUACGCAAGUACACCGUGCUCCGGCUAAUGAUUCGGCAGAGGCUGGAGGAGAUAGCUGAGACCCCAGCAACAAUCUGAGCCACAAGAAGGAGGGGAUCCAGACACCACAGGGGCCGCUGUUGACAUGAGAAGACCCGCAGGAAGCUGGGCGCCUUCCUUCCGGGGAACCGUUUCAAUGUAAACCUCUCCAGCUCCCGAAAAGCCACCAUUUGCUGCCUAGAGCAGGAUAGAGAAGCCAGCAGACAACUCCCCAUCCUUGGAUCCCUGCGCUUCUUUCUUUCAGUCACAAGGACUUUUGAUUUUUGUUAUAGGGAGGACCCAAAGUGUGUGUGUGUGCGCAUGCGCCUGUGCAUGUGUGCACACACAUGGUACAUAUUCGCGUGCCUACCUGGUAUUUUCACAUGCAGUUAAAUUCCAAGCAACCAGCACAAGUCCCGUGACUGGCAGAUGUGCUGCUCAUGGGCAGGAAAAUCAGGGGAGAUCUGAAGGGUUUUAGGCUGAAGAAAAGAUCUCUCCCCGCGAGUGCCAGGGAGCAGCCAUUCACAUCUGCCCACGUUUAGAAGGGGAAGGGGGCUCAGCAAGCUCGCCAUGUGGGGUAUUUACGUGUUGGUAGAGAUUCUCCCUGUAUGCCUACAGGGAUGGGUAAUGGAUCAGUAAUGUGAGAGCUUUGGAAAUUAACAAAACAACAGCCCCAUGCCCUUGGGGUAGGUCCAACAGAAAGAGAAAAAUAAACCAGCAGUGGGGUAGAUGCAAUAAACCCACAGGUUUUUACACUGGAAACUUCGAUUGUUUUAAAUAACAAAGACGUAUAUGAUAAUGUGUGUGGAUGCCUGUAGAGAAUGGAUUCUGCCUCCAUCCUCCCCUCUGUGGCCACCUCUAGGAGACAGGAGGGGAGCCUGAUGUUUCUUUCAGCAUGCCAAGCUGCAGAUCCCAACUCUCCGAGACGUCCUUGAGUUGAAGGAAGGGUCUCCUGAAACAGUUCUCACUGGUUUGCACAUGGCGGAGCCUGGCUAGCACAGCCAGGGCCUGGCCUUGUUCUGGGGGCUGGAGGUGGCCAGGAAGUUUCCCUCCUUAGGAGGUGUAGAAGCUCCUGCAGAAAUGACAGGUGCCUGUGACCCCAGCCGGUUUUCAUAUCAACAAGGGGUUUUCCUGCACUUCGAGUUGAGGCCAUGUGUUUGAAGUCAAGGCUUUAUUCUUUCCAACCUCUGGAUUCUUGCAAAUUGCUCUCACCUUGUGCAUCAAGGUGGACUCCAAAAAUGAGGACUCGGCCUGCUGCUGACCGAGUGUGGGGUUCAAGGAGGCUCUUUGGACUGCCCUGUGAAGGUGCAUAGGGAGGAUGGAGCUUCUCUGGGCAGCCACCUGGGUGAUCUUUAGAGUAGACCCCAAUAGGGGGAAAGGGCAGGGACAUUCUGUCCCCUGUCACCCCCGUCAGGAAGAUUGCCAGGUAGCUCAGUGCCAGUGUGGCUGAUACAGUUUGAAGAGAGACAGAGAUGCUUGGAGCAGGGUGCCUGGCUGUAGAGAUCAACCAAGCAAGGCCAGAGGCUCCUAAGAGCAGGUGUCUCUGAGCCUUGUUGGGGUAGGGGCUCCCCAUCUCUUCUCCACAUCCUCUCCAAGGAAGGUUUGGAGAGCUGGGCAGUUGAGGAAAUGAGAGCCACUAAUCAGUGCCUGCAAAGAAGGUGGACCUUUGCAGCAGAGCCAUUCCUGCCCCAGGCACCCCCCGGCCCCUACCGGCCCCUGUGGCCUCCAUGGCCUCCUUAGAUGGCUCCCAGCUGUGGUCUCAUUGUUGCCUUUCAAAAAGAUGGCGUGCUGCCACCUGGCAUUUUGCCGGGGCUAUCUUGGGAAGCCUCCCUCCUCUGUGGGGACAGCACCGCCAGCCCCGUGGGACAUGGGCUGGAGAUCCGGAGGGCCUUAGUCUUGAUCAGACACCUCCGUGGGCUUCUGCAAAACGCACAGGAAAAAUCCGGGGCGGGCUGAGAGGCGUCCUUUGUCGCAGAUGGAAAGAGCCGUUUUGUGAAUGUGAGCACACUUCCUGAGUUUUGCAUCUGAGAAAAUGACUUGGAAAACUUCUCUUCCAGUUAUUUUUAUUUUGAAUGUUCAAAGCCUUCGUUGGCCCCAGUAAUUCUCCUCGAGGAGUUAGGGAGAAAAAUUUUCACAAAGCAAAUUACUAACCACUAACUUUUAUUGGACAGCUAUUUUUGGUUUAUGAAAGUUCUGUUUAAUUUGCACUAGCUCUACGAUAGUGUUAAAUGUGGAAAUGUUGCAGAAUGUCAGGUCUGCCCAAUCACUUUCUGAGAAAGUGAUUCUAAGGUAGACUUGGCGUUUUAAAGAUGGGGGAUGGGGAUGGAAGUGAGGGGAAAUCGUAUCUUACACGACACAUGCCAUUUAAUGCAAGCCACACUUUUCCAUUUAGGCCCACCCCGUUUAGAGAUCAUUUCGCACGUCCUAAUACCCUGAUCAGGAAUUUUUUGGAAAGGUUCUUUGAAAUAGCAGCGGCUGAAACACAGACACUUCGCCGCCCUGUGGAGCCGGAUUUUCUCACUGGUAUCACAUGGCCUGGCAGCUUUGAACGCCUCGACUCGUUUGUGUGGGUUUAUGUAAUUGCGUGCAAUGAACCUGAAAUCGUGUGAAGAACAAAAGGCCAAUUUAUAGGGUAUUUUUCCUAACUUGUGAAAAGCAGUACAGCUGCAUCUGGCUUUCUUUUUCCUGGGCUUCUGUUACAAGGUGAUCAAAUGAAGGAAAAACCUGAGGCCAUCUGGCUGGGAAGGGGUUCCCUUCCCCCAGGUGAUGGUGGAAGUAAGCACAAGGUCACAUUUUCAGUGAUCACAUUAGUGGGAAGGUGAUGAGUUAAAUGGAGGGGGCUGGGGGGUAGGGGGGUGGUCCCUUGGGGAGGGACUGAGAAGCACAAACGCUAGGCUUGCCUGUGCAGGCUGGCGAGGAGUGUGCACAGUGGUCUCCAGGCUGGACUGACUUUACCUCGGAGUUGAAAUGGAAGCAAGAGGGUGUCAGAUUAGCCACCCAUCCCCGGGAAGAAUGCUGAGACCUGAGGUUGAGGUUUUGAUCUGAGACUUCAAGGAGAAAUAUUUUCACCCUUCCCUCCUCCUGACCAGAAAGAAAACAAUACUCUCUCCUAGAGAUCUCCAGAUAAAGACAUCUUAUCAUCAGUGUAGAUGAGACUGACAUAUAAUGACCAAAAAAAAAAAAAAAAUUCUCCGAUGCAAAAACGUCUUGGCAAGAAUUCUUUUCUGCAGAGUUGUGUGGUUAUUCCAGAGUGUCAGGAGAGUGGAAUGGGCCACAGAAGGGCAAGAAGCUCUCUUAAGAAAAGACAAGCUCCUUUAAAAAAAAAAAAAAUUCAAAGCUCUGUAACACAGAGAGCAUAGUGUCAUAGAUAUAUCUCCGAGAGAGAUUUCUAUAUGAACAAGGGAAUUUCAGUGUCUCAUGGCGACCAAACCAUGAUGUGGGUGCUGAGAUAGGAGACAGAGAUCUCCCUGAGCAUCCCUGAUGCAGCAGUGCAUUUUCAAGUCUCUACUUAAAUUGUUUUAUACAAUCUUGCUUGAGGCAGAUAAGAUGAGACAUGACCUCCUAGAGAGGUAGAAAUAAAAACAAAUAUUGCACCCUUUGUUUCAGACAUAAUUGAAAGCCUUUACCCUUCACAGGAGGUUACAGCGCCCCCCUGUGUUUUAACUGAGCACAAGACAUGGACAAGCUGUGAAGGGAAAGCCUCAGUUUACCCGUGGAGUCUUCCCGGCAGUUGGCUGACCUGUUUCCCAGGCUGAUGGUUUCUGGUGUGUAAUUGCUAGUGUUUCCUAGGGGUUGUGUUAGCUUGUUUUAGCUUUGUGAAGUAUUCUUUUCUUAAUUACAACUUGCCUUUCGGCAAUGGUACAUGACCUGGUUCAAUGUUUGGUUCUGAACUUAUAAACGGAUGCGUUUAGGUAUCUUAACAUAAUUUGACAAGGCCUCAGUAGGGAGCUGUUAAUUUCUGUAACAUUUUGAUAUGUUUUAAUGCACCUGACUUAGAGCUUGUCGAAAUAAAGCACUUUUCAAAGAGAA